AGGGAGGCUCUUCCCGGGAAGGCUUCUGGGUGGUGAGUGCUUUCCCUGUUGUGGUAAAGCCAACUCUGGGAUAAAGUCAAGAUGAAACUUUCCCUGCUUCUGGCUCUUCUAUUUGGGGCAGCUUCUGCUUUUCAUCUAAAGGCUGAAACUCCCAACUUGGAGAGCCCCUUGGAAAAGGAGACCCUGCCCGAGGAUGGGGACGUGCCUGAACAGGAGGCAGACGAGGCCCCCACGCGGGAGCUGAUGCUGCCGGAGGAAGAGGAGGAGGGCUCCGGUAGUGAAGAUGCCCUUGAGGAAGAGGAGGACGCGGAGCCGGCCUCAGCCCUGGGUGAGGCAGACAAGGACUUUCAGUGCCCUAAGGAAGAAGACACAGUAAAACUGGACGGCAUCCCUGGAUGCAAGACCUGCCGCUUCUUUCUGGUGAGGAGCCCCAGGCAGUUUAAUCAGGCUCAGAAUACUUGCCAGAGGUGCUACCGGGGCAACCUCGUCUCCAUCCACAACUACGGCUUCAAUUACCGACUCCAAGCCUCGGUCAGUGGGUACAACCAGGCCCAAGUCUGGAUUGGAGGCAGAGUCAUAGGCUGGGGUAAAUGCAAACGCUUUCGCUGGGUGGAUGGCAGUGUCUGGAAUUUUGGGUUCUGGGCUGCCGGUCAGCCCGGGAAUCGUGGUGGCCGAUGUGUGACCCUGUGUACCCGAGGUGGCCACUGGCGCCGAGCUCACUGCGGGAGGCGCCUUUCCUUCAUCUGUGCCAACUGAGCUGGCCCCAGCCAGGAGUUCAGAGGGGCUCCCUCCUGGGCAGCCGUUUUCUCUCCCCUGCUUGCUGCCCCACUUUCCACCACCCAGCAAUAAAAUUGAUUUUUUCUGGAACUGA